AUGCGCUGCUUGCCAUCCAGAGUCUGCAUCCUGCUGCUGGCGCUUGCAGCAGCGAGAGGAGGAGGAAGAGGAGUCGAGGAGAGUCGAGAUCAUGUCGUUGAAACAGGGACAGGGGCAGGAGGGAUCGUAAACAAGCGGGAGAGGGAGCGAGCGCUCGAGCAAUGCUUGCGAGAGUUGGAUGAAGACGUCGGCCAUUCAUGGCAGGGGAUCGCAGGAACAAUGGAUGCUGCCUUCCGAUCGCCAACUCCAUGGUGGAGGAGAGCAGAAGAUACUGACAGCAGCGUCUGCGCUCAGGUCAACCUGCUAUGGUGGAUGCAAAACGUUGCUAGGGGAUUGCAAGGAGGAUUGGCCGGGUGCAAGUUCAGCUAUGGCAGCUCAAGGAGACGGGCGGGAGAGAUGUCGCAGGUGGGACUUCGUCUCCGACCGCCUCUUCUCAUGAUCAUCGACCCUCUGACUAUCGACGAUGCUUUGGUGACCCUGCAGUCGCUCGCUGGGGUAGAGGAGGUAGACGAAACAGUCCUAUUCAUCAUGCUCGACGCCUGCGGCCCGCGUCAGGAAGGGUGGACACGAGGAGAGGAGGAGAGAUGCAGCGAGGGACUAAGCGAAGCUCAGAUCCGGGGGCUGGUAGCCAUCAACUUCAUGGAGGUGCGGGUGAUAGGCUUCGAUGCUCAAGGCGUGAUGCUGGUUCCUCCUCCUCUCAAGAAGACGAGGUGGUCCUUCACGACAUGGCAGCAGCAGCAGGAUCGCAGCGCGUCUUUCUACAAAGUUAGAGCUCUACAUGCCCUCCGACAUGUUCUGGACGUGGAGGAUUUCUACCACGCGAUCCUUCUAGAGCCAGGGUGUGUUCUAAGAAACUCCUUCUAUCUCUUUCAUCGCUCCUCCGUCAUGUUCGCUCACAGGACAGCUGUCCUUGCCGUCGUCUCCUCGCCUCCCGAUGAUGUCGAGCAGACGUUCGAGCAUCCUUGUGAGGAAGAAGCUUUCAGCUUGUCGGAGCAGCUGCAGCUGAGAGCAUCGCUCGGGUUGAAUCGACGCGCCCUCCUAGAGUUGUACGAGAAUUUGCACGCACAAGAUCAGUUAGGACUCAAGGAGAGUCUUCGUUCGCUGAACAACAUCAGCAGCAGCAUCACGAGAUAUUUCUUGUACCCCUCGGCCGGUCAAGUUGUGGAGGACCCGAGGGUGGGGCAAGGCGAUGGGACUGAGCAAGCGGCGCGAGGCUCAGACCCCCUCAAGUUCCGACGGCUGAUCUUUGAUGAGGAGAAGGAAGAAGGACCCCUAGGCCCUUUAGAGCCCCAAGGACCCCUCCACUUCUCCCACUGCUCCGUCCAUGGCUGGGCUCCUCGCCUGAAGCCUAGGAGAGUCUACGACAUGGUCACUUUCUUCCAGGAGACUCAAAUGCUUCUGCUCCGCCUCCACGAGCUCAACUCCACGGUUGACGUUCACGUCGUGGUGGAGGGAGAUCGGACGUUCAGAGGUGACGCGAAGCAGCGUCUCCUCCCCCGCUGGCUGCGUCGCUUCCAGUCCUUCAAGCACAAGCUCCGCCUCGUCUUCGCUCCUCUUCCUGCUCACCUCGACAUCUCUCUCGACCCGUGCACCUCGGAAGGAAAAUGCGCUCAAGAUGUGUUCGAUCAAGCACUCGCAAACUCUUGGACCUCAGGAUAUAGAAAUUGGUUCAAGCGAGAAUGGUACAGUCGACAUGCUCUCGCCUGGGGUUUAUGGGAUGCGCAACCCGACGACUUGCUGAUCUUAGGCGAUGUCGAUGAGAUUCCGCGGGCCUCGUUGGUACGAGCAAUGAAGGAGUGUGAAGGGGUCGGAGAUGCGGUGGGCAUGUCGUCGCAGUGGUUUCAGUACAAGUGGUGGAUGGUGAAGAAGGAUCGCUACUUCUGGACUCCUGCCCUCCUCUUAUUCCGCUCCCUCGCUGUCCCUGACAUCGCUUUCUCACACCCUCGUACUCGCCCCGGCGACGUGGAGCGAGGAAGAAGCAUCUCCCUCAAGUCGUUGAGAUGCUUCGGAUUUUGGCGGCUCAUACCUUGGAUGGAGAACAAGGGUUGGCACUUCAGCUACUUCGGCAGCACCACCUCUCUCUUGCGGAAGAUUUCCUCCUUCUCCGAUGAGGACUUUGGCUUGAGUGGGAACCUGACUCUCCUGGAAGAAGUAGUUCGAUCGGGGUUGGACUUUCACUCUGUCUUGGAGACUCUCAACAAGAAAAACUCGGACUCAUUGCGCAAACUGGACAAAUGGACAGACAUUUCUCGAUUACCCAAGUAUCUUCAGGAUCAUCUCGACAUGUUUGAUGAGGAUUGGAGCAACAAUGAAGAGAUUUCUCAACCGUUUCACUGCAUUCCUUUCAAUGACAAGACACUUCAGAGCGACUUCACGGCAUCGUCUCAUGUUCUUGUUCCCUCGAAGGCGAGGCAGCGGCCAGUCGUGCUCCUCUCGACGAUCCCACAAGACGUCGCGGUGGCAUCGGGCAGAUGUGACGAUCAAUGCGUGUGGUUGACGGAGGCUACUGGAAGAGCCUGCGAGGCCAACGGGCUGGUGGACGUGAAACUUUUCUGGGCGGGGCGAAUGCCUGAGAGGACGGAGAUGAAGCCGCAGCGACAGGUCUGGGGGUUCUACGACUUGUUCUCGGCACUACCAGAAGAGAUGCAAGCGAACGUGCCGGAGGCAAACAAGUCCGUCGACGUCGACGCGUUUGACCUGAUCUUGUCAAAGGAGACGUUCCCUGAGAUGUUUAUCAGUCCUUUUGACUACUGCAACCUUCAAGAUCACUGCAGUCGGGGACCGCAUCAUCCGCUCCUCUCCUCCUCCUCCCCCCACCUCCUCAUCAUGAUCCCCCAGAACGGCCAUGCCUACAGCCAACUCCAGCUCCCCCUCAUCUACCGGUGA